UCGUAUUGUAUUUUAUUGUCAUGUCAUUUGUUUGGCUUUGAAUUUUUGGAUUAAUUGAAUUUUGAAUCCAAUAUUCAUCCAUUGUAACUUAUAACAUUUCUACAUACAUUGUAUUAAUUUUUUAGUACAGACAUAAAUUAAAACCCAUAAUAAUGGAGCUCUCAGCAGAAGGAAAAACCCCUGAAUACAUGGCGCUAGCUGGUAUAAAGUUCAAGUUAUCUCUCCCGCAAUUUAAAAAUAAUCCGCAACUCAAGGAACAGUUACUUCAAGGAAUAAUAUCUGGUAGCAUGGCUCCAUACUAUAAAGAAGUUUGUACCGAUCUCGGGUGGAGCUUUGACCAAAAAUUGUAUGACAAAAUGGGCAAAGAUAAUCAAGAUAGACUCUCCAAAUUCGAAGACGAUGAUUCUGAAACACCAGUUUGGCAGGACCGAUUGGACUACUUAUGCUCAAUAGGCGACAAAGAAGCUGCAACCACUCUGGCUACAACAAAGUAUGAGGAUUCUACUCUAACUACAAAUAGGCGGCUCGAUGCAGUUUUCGCUUUGUUCAGGAUUGCAUACUUCCACGGCUGCAAUGUCAAAGAUAUGGGGAAAACAAUUAAUAAGGCCCAUGAAUUGGUUGACAAGGGUGGUGAUUGGAGAUCUAGAAACAAACUCAAGGCAUAUGAAGCAAUAUAUUGUCUGGCAGUCAGGGAUUACAACCAUGCUGCAGAAUUGUUCAUUGAUUGUGUGUCAACUUUUGAAUCUUAUGAACUUGUUGAUUUUGGUACGAUAAUCCAGUACUGCGUGCUGGCGUGCGCGCUCGCGCUGGAGCGGCACGCGCUGCAGGCGGCGCUGCGGCGGCAGGGCGCGGCGGUGCAGGCGCUGCGCUCGCGCUUCCCUGAGCUGCGCGAGCUGGUGGAGUCGCUGCACGAGUGUCGAUAUGCUGACUUUAUGAAGAGCCUUGCUUGGGUGGAGACUCAGAUCUGCGUGGACCCGGUGUUCCGCCCGCACUACCAGCACUACGUGCGCGAGGCGCGCAUCAAGGCGUACGUGCAGCUGCUGCGCGCCUACCGCUCGCUCAGCCUCGAUAACAUCGCCGACACGUUCGGCGUCACACGGGAAUUCGUUGAAGAGGAAAUUGCCACCUUCACGGCGGCGGGGAGGCUGCAGUGUCGUAUCGACGCAGUGGCGGGCUGCGUGGUGACGGGCGCGGGGCGCGGCGCCGACGCCGACCGCUCGCAGCUGUACCAGGCGACCAUACGCGAGGGAGACUUGCUGCUCAACCGCGUCAAGAAGCUCGCCAGCGUCAUAAACUUCUAAGCCUUCAUGAGAUCCUGGUAUUCAAUAUAACUUGUAUUAUGGCUAAAGGAGAUGGUCCAGUGUAGUCUUACGUCUAAGAGGUGCAGUACGACAUCUCGAGACGAGAGAAAGACAAAUGUCGACCAAUAUCGGUGACCUCGAAAAUGUCACUCUCUUUCGUUGUAUUCCAGAAGCAAAGUGAUUUUUCAACUCUGCUGCUUUCAAUCGGCAAUAUGUCUUUCAUCUAGUUCUUAUUAAUUUUUAAUAAAAUCCCUGUAUUUUUAAAUUUCAACGGCAUAAUAUACAGACAUGGCCUGAAAUGGGCCAUCUCCUUUAAUAAGAUUAUUUCUUUUCAGAUUUGAUAUAAUUAACAGAAUAUUAAACUGUGUUAAAAGGGGGCAUCCUUUUAAAAGUUACUAUGUUUUUAGAUAAUUAUCAUAUUGAUUUUAUUUGUAUAAUUUGCAAUAUUUCACUCAACUACAAUAGUAAUUAAUGAACUGCCUUUUUAAAUUCGUUUGAUCUGUUUCUUAGAGUGUGUUAGACUUAUUAUUGUCUUUUCAAAAUCAUAAUCAUAAUAAUACUGUUUAUUUUUAGGCAAUUUCUAGAUUAAUUUUUGGAAACAGGUUGAUAAGUCGUGUUACUGUAUUUAACUAACGCUUAAUACUGUAAGUACUCAUUUGAUUGGAAAUAAACUUUAAUUAUCAUGUAA